AGUUAGUGUCGGUUUUUAGCAGCUUUUAGGCUAAAGCUUACCUGAUUAGAAAUAUGAAUCCGGCGACAAGUAGAAAACAGAAGGAUAGAUUAAAUGUUACGCCAAUUCUUAAUAUUCCCCCAUCUCCGAGAGGGUCAAGUACUGAUCUAAGGAAUACAAUUGGUCAUUCUCUAGGCGAAGGAGAAUGUGAACAACAGGGUCUUUUGCAUGUACCAUCAUGGUCGAGUGGAAUAACCUUUGCGACGGAAGGUUCUCUGGAACACCAACUUAUUGCAGCUUAUGCAUCAACUCAUUUGGAAUCUAUGUGUGAAUUGGACAUUGAUUCAGCACCUCAUGUACAACGAAUGAGCGGAGUUAUCUGUACUAUUGGCCCUGCAUGUAGAAGCGUUGAAAUGCUAAAAGAGAUGAUUAGAGCAGGAAUGAACAUCGCUCGAAUGAAUUUUUCGCAUGGAGACUACGAUUAUCAUCGCGGCACCAUCGAGAAUGUCCGAAAAGCUAAUAAUGAGAUACGCGAUCGUACUGUCGCUAUUGCUCUAGACACUAAAGGACCUGAAAUUAGAACAGGUCUACUGAAGGGAGGCCCAACAGCUGAAAUUGAGUUAAAAGAGGGAGAAACGAUUAUCUUAACUACAGAUAAAGCUUACGCAGAAAUCGGUGAUGAGAAUAUACUCUAUGUCGAUUAUGAGAAUAUAACGUCAGUACUUGAAGAGGACCGUUAUAUUUAUAUCGACGAUGGUUUAAUGUCUUUGAAAGUUAUUAGUAAGGAUGACAAGUCAUUAACCUGUAGAAUUGAAAAUGGUGGCUUACUGGGAUCGAAAAAAGGAUGCAAUCUUCCAGGAACACCAGUCGAUCUUCCACCUGUAUCUGAAAAGGACAAGAAGGACUUACUCUUUGGUGUUGAACAAAAUGUUGAUAUGAUUUUCGCUUCAUUCAUAAGAUCUGGUAACGGUAUCAGAGAAAUUCGUAAGAUUCUAGGAGAUCGGGGAAAACACAUUAAAAUUAUUGCCAAAAUCGAAAAUCAUGAAGGUGUAAAGAGAUUCGAAGAAAUUCUAGAACAAGCCGACGGUAUAAUGGUUGCUAGAGGAGAUUUAGGUAUUGAAAUCCCAACGGAGAAAGUGUUCCUCGCCCAAAAAAUGAUGAUUGGAAGGUGUAACAGAGCUGGUAAACCAGUUAUUUGUGCAACUCAAAUGUUGGAAUCUAUGGUUAAAAAGCCAAGACCCACCAGAGCUGAGAGUUCAGACGUUGCAAACGCAAUUUUGGAUGGAGCUGAUUGUGUAAUGUUGUCUGGGGAGACGGCAAAGGGUGCAUAUCCUUUGGAAUCAGUUCGUACUAUGCAUAAUAUUGCAAGAGAGGCGGAAGCCGCUGUUUAUCAUAAGCAGUUGUUUGAAGAGCUAAGACAGUUAACUCCGAGACCAACUGAUAUUACUCACACAACUGCUUUGUCGGCCGUCGAAGCCAGUGUUAAUUGUUUAGCAAGUUGCAUUGUCGUAAUCACAUCAACUGGACGUUCUGCACAACUGUUAGCUGCUUACAGACCUAGAUGUCCGAUAAUAGCUGUAACAAGAGACGAUCGCGUAGCCAGACAGCUACAUUUAUAUCGUGGAAUUUUCCCAAUUCAUUACACAGCGUCGAAUAGAAUCGAUUGGGAAAAUGAAGUAGACAAACGUUUAGCUUUGGCGUUAGAAUUUGCAGAAUAUAGGCAAUUUUUACCAAAUCGUUUAUCAGAUGAGGCUAAAAGUGCACAUCUUAUCUUGGUAACUGGAAAUAAUGCGGGAUCAGAACUUCGAAAUCCUGAAUGGGUAGAAGAUAUGGACUCACGAAUUACUUGGGCAGUAGAGCACGGAUGGAAAUUAGGUGCAGUUAAGGGUGGAUCAACGGUUGUUAUCGUUACUGGAUGGCGUCAAGGUUCGGGUCAUACUAAUACACUUCGAGUUAUUCGGGUACCGAAAACUGAUAAGGCCCCGAAAAAAAUGCUCGUUGUCGCCUCAACUGGAGAUAUCGCUGGCCUGGCUGAGCAGUAA